GUAUAUGGAAUCUGGGUCAGCUGUAGCUAGUUAGUGCACUUCUGCAUGUGAGCAUAAAACACUGCAGUUUCAAAAAACAUUUCUUUCUCUCUUCUGGAAUAAUACAUACUGGAACAUUACUUUUUCUUCUUUUUCAAUGAUUAAUUAGCUUGGUUAUCGUAUGGAGAAACCCAAUUCCUCAAAACAGCUUGGAUCUAACAGAGAAAGACAAAAGCAGUUUUCAACUCCAACUGCAGAUUAACAAUCCACGGCAUCGGGUAAUAUAGGAAGAAAAAGCAACUUGGCCUCUGGAUUUUCCAUCUACCACAGAAGCAAAACAGCUGCAAGAUUUUUUUUUCUUGUCUCUUCUGACAGCCAUCAUAUUUGCUUUAAAAUGAAGAUAUUUAAAUGGACUUUGGGUGUACUAUUGUUCCUGCUGUUGUCUAUUGGGCGCUGUACAGAACAAUCUACACCUAAUAAAACAUCCCAACGGAGGCACCCUCGUUCAGCAGACAAUGGAGACGAAGGCAAGAAAUGUGGUUACACAUUCUUGGUCCCAGAACAAAAAAUCACAGGGCCAAUUUGUGUGAAUACUAAUGGACCAGGUACUGGUAACAGAAAAGAUGAAGUCACAAGAAUGGACAUAGAGAACUUGAAAGACGUGCUUUCCAAGCAAAAGCGGGAGAUUGACAUUUUGCAAUUGGUAGUGGAUGUGGAUGGAAACAUUGUCAAUGAAGUAAAAUUACUGAGGAAAGAAAGUCGUAACAUGAACUCUCGGGUCACCCAACUCUACAUGCAACUCUUGCAUGAGAUAAUUCGAAAGCGUGAUAACUCACUUGAGCUUUCCCAACUGGAAAACAAAGUCCUUAAUGUUACAACAGAAAUGUUGAAGAUGGCAACAAAAUACAAGGAGCUUGAAGUAAAAUACGCAGCACUAACUGAUCUUGUAAAUAAUCAGUCUGUGACUAUCUCACUGCUGGAAGAGCAGUGUUUGAGAAUCUUCUCACGACAGGACACCCAUGGGUCUCCACCUCUUGUUCAAGUUGUGCCACAGCACAUUCCUAACAGCCAGCCAUACACUCCCGUUCUUCUGGGCGGUAACGAGAUACAGCGAGACCCAGGUUAUCCUAGAGACAGAGAUGUAAGGCCACCACCCGAUCCAGCUACUUCUCCUACAAAGAGUCCUUUCAGAGUACCACCACUGGCUUUAAUUAAUGAAGGUCCAUUCAAAGACUGUCAACAAGCCAAGGAAGCUGGGCAUUCCAACAGCGGGAUUUAUAUGAUCAAACCUGAAAACAGUAAUGAGCCAAUGCAACUGUGGUGUGAGAACAGCCUGGACCCUGGAGGAUGGGCAGUUAUUCAGAAGAGGACAGAUGGAUCUGUCAACUUUUUCAGGAACUGGGACAGUUACAAGAAAGGUUUUGGAAACAUUGAUGGAGAGUACUGGCUGGGACUAGAAAAUAUUUACCUGCUUACCAAUCAGGAUAAUUACAGACUAUUGAUUGAAUUAGAGGACUGGAGCAAUAAGAAAGUCUACGCAGAAUACAGCAGUUUCCGCCUGGAGCCUGAAAACGAAUUCUACAGGCUACGCUUAGGAACAUACCAAGGAAACGCAGGUGAUUCCAUGAUAUGGCAUAAUGGAAAGCAAUUUACAACACUGGACAGAGACAGGGAUAUGUAUUCAGGAAACUGUGCUCAUUUUCACAAAGGCGGCUGGUGGUACAAUGCGUGCGCCCACUCCAACCUUAAUGGGGUAUGGUACAGAGGAGGCCACUACAGGAGCAAGUAUCAGGAUGGAAUAUUUUGGGCUGAGUACCGCGGAGGUUCCUACUCCUUGAAAGCAGUUCAAAUGAUGAUCAGACCUAUAGACUGAGGAGGAAAAUCCCACAGCGCUCAAGUGAUCACAUAUAAAUAAACUUCUCAGCGCUUGAGUUCCAGAAAAAUAAAAUAUUACUUUUUAAUCAUUAUUUUGCACAAUCUGCCCCUGCAAAAAGCAGGUCUACAGUUUUCCUGUCUUUUUUUCCCCUGUUGUGUUCCCCUCGGUUGUUUUUUUUUUUAGAAACCUUUUCUACUGUGACAGACAGUGUUUUUUAAACACACAUUCA